AUGUCUCUCCCCUCCCACUUCACGCUCAACACCGGCGCCAAGAUCCCCGCCGUGGGCUUCGGCACCUGGCAGGCCAAGCCGCUGGAGGUCGAGAACGCGGUCGAAGAGGCCCUGAAGCAAGGCUACCGACACAUUGACUGCGCAGCCAUCUACCGCAAUGAGGCCGAGGUGGGCAAUGGAAUCCGCAAGUCGGGGGUGCCGCGCGAGGAAAUCUUCAUCACCGGCAAGCUGUGGAACACGAAGCACUCACCGGAGGACGUGGAGCCGGCGCUGGACAAGACGCUGAAGGACCUGGGGGUGGACUAUCUAGAUCUGUACCUGAUGCACUGGCCGUGCGCCUUCCAACCGGGCGACAAAUGGUUCCCGCUCGACUCGGCGGGCGUCUUCGCCCUCGCGCCCACCGACCCCGUAACGACCUACAAAGCCAUGGAAAAGCUGCUGCACACAGGCAAAGUCCGCGCAAUCGGCGUCUCAAACUUCACCACCGACCGCCUCGCGCACCUCCUCACCCACGUCGACGUCGUCCCCGCCGCCAACCAAAUCGAAGCCCACCCCUACCUCCAACAACCCGAACUCCUUUCCUUCUGCCAGAGCAAGAACAUCAUCGUCGAAGCCUACUCUCCGCUCGGCAACAACCAGACCGGCGAGCCCCGCACCGUCGACGACCCCGCCGUGCAUGAGGUCGCGCGCUCCCUCGAUAUAGAUCCCGGUGCCUUGCUCGCGAGCUGGGGCGUGCAGCGUGGUACUGUCGUGUUGUCGAAGAGUGUCACGCCUUCGAGGAUUAAAGCCAACUUGGGGGUUAGGGAGCUCCCUGAGGAGGCGUUUGGGCGGUUGAAUGCGUUGGAACGCGGCAAGAGGUUUAAUUUCCCGGCGAGGUGGGGGUACGAUAUCUUUGGGGAAGUCGGGGAGGAGGCUGUGCGGAGGGCGGCGGUUGAUGCUGCGGAGGAGAAUAAGGUUAAGUUUACGGUUUAG